AAUAAGCCAUGGAAGAAGUGAGCCAGCUGGGCCGUAUGGACUCAGGAAACAAGUUACAGAGGCAAAAGAAAGACCCUUGCAGCUUCGGAGAAAGAAAGGCUAAGAAAACACACCUGGGGAAGGAGAGGGGGAACGGCAAGGGUGUACUCGAGAGAAAGCUUGAGCACUCUGGGUCCUUCAUUUUAAGAGCUUUUACUUGGAGGUCUCAGGGGAGGAUCUUAAUAGAAUAUUCCUCAGCUUUCCAGAAGUGUCUCCUCAGGGUCCUGGUCUCCAUUGAUUGGUCAGCCCCCACCAGGGGAUCAUUAGUCAUCAAAGCCAGUCCUCAGCCAUGGUGUUUGGUUUUGCUGCUUUUCUGGGCCUGGAGCUGAAACACAACUGAGGCCUAGAUUUUAUCUCUAGUUUGACCAAGACUGUCAUCAACAGACCAGAGGCUUUGUGCCUAAGAUUAUUAGAUUCCGGUCAGAACCUCAUUGUCUUGAGGGCUUAAUGCUUAAGGGAAUGGCUGUGCGAAGGCUUGUAUGGGAGUCAUAUGAGGCUACUUUUCAGUCCCUUGUUCCUCUACGGGAGUCUACCACAUGAGUAGGGAAUGCCAGGGGAGGAAAGGUCAGGGGAGAGUCCAAACUGUGUAACCACGGGCAUGACCAGGGAUAUGCUAGGAGAGGAAAGGUCACCCUGGGAGUGAGGUCCCACCCUACAACUACCUCUUUUCUAGGCACCCUGGUGACUUUACGUACCUGGCCUUCCUACUCUGCUCAUAUGUCCAACUGCCUACUAUAUCGGGGGAGAGAGGGCAAGCUGGAGAAGGGUGGGUUUGAUGCUGGAGAGGACGAGGAAGAGGGUGAGAAGUCCCGGGGCAAAUGGAGUAGGGGCAGCAUGAAGUCCCCUGGCACUUGCUCCCACUGGAGGACUGGGAGGCUACAGACCAUGAGGAGGGGGAGCAGCUGAGACAGGGAGGGGAUGGAGACCAGCCCAGGGAUGUGGGCCUUAAAGAAGCUGGAAAGUUCCUGCGCUUACUAGGUUCUUAGUGUGGCCGUAGGUGGGCCCCGAUCAAAGCCCGGCUGCACCCCAUCGGGAUUGGGGUCGAGCCCCGCACGGCGGCGUUCCCACCGUCGAAGGUGCGAGAGCGCAUGCCCAGAGCUGCGCGCAUUGUCACGUGCGGCCCUCUCGCGCGGAUUGGGCCGCCCGCGAUCUUCGAUGGGAUUGGCUGGAGCGGUGGGGGCCGCGGCGCUGCGAUUGUAGGGACCGCCGCGGGCGCGUUCUGAGGGGCCCCGCCGCCCCGGGUGACCUGAGCUCGGGCCUUGGGAGCGGCCCCUCUGCCCCUGCCUGCAGCGGGUGGGGUCGGCGUGCCUGGACCCUCGGUGAGCCCGCCCCGACGGCCGCAGGCAGCCGGGGGCCAGCCCCCAGCCGCCCCCGGAUGGAGGUCCUGGACGAGUUCGACAAGGAGUUCCCGCAGAGUGUCACCUUCUGCCAGCUCAUAUCCGAGGAGGACUUCGAGAGGCAGGCGGCGACUUACACGGAGCGCGCGCUGCGCCGCCUCUUCCGCAGCCUCGACCGCAACCCCGCGCUGGCCGAGAGGGUGGUGCGAAAGGUCAAGCAGGCCGAGUGCGAGCGCCGCGGGCCGCUCUCCUUCCUCUGGGCGAAAUUCUUCUGUGCAGUCCAGGGGGAGCUGAACUUUUGCAACAGAAUGGGCGCCCAGGAGAUGCACCAGCGCCUGGAGCACCUGAAGAAGGGCAUCCACCGCGUGUACCUCUAUUCCCAGGAUGCCAAGAAGAAGAAGAGGAGAAGGAAGCCAAAAGUGAAGAAACCAGGACCUAUCCUCUUGAGGAACCAGUCAACCUCCCCAUGCCUGCCACCAACACUGUUGCCACCUCCGCCCCUGCCGCUGCCUCCGCCACUGCCACCACCUGCCACCACCAUACCCUCUGUGGUGGCCCCGCCACCCCCUGUCUACACUAUGCCCAGGGUCUUUGGCCCCUUUCCUGCACUGCGUAGCAAGUCGGUCAGUGGGUGUAUUGCCCUCUCCAUACAGCCCUGGGAGGGGCAGCCUGCUCAGAACCAUCCCCACAGCUCUUCAGGGCCCACAGCAGUGACUCUCAAACUUUCUUUCUAAGCAGCAGAGCCCUUUUAAAGACUGCAGGCAAACAGAUAAAGUGAUAAAAGGGGGGCUACUCUGAUUGAAGAGUUGGGGUGGGGGUUGAAGGCACAGAGCUCUACCUGCUUGGCCUCAGCCGAGCAAAGCAGCCCCAAAUGAACCAGGUAGAAUCCUAGAGCUGCCAAAGGACAGGUGGAGAACCACGGGCCCCCUGCUGUGUCUCUCCCCUAGGGUGUCAUUCUCUUGUAGUGCCCUUCCUGCCCUCCUGCUCCUCCUGACUCCUACUUCCCCAACACACUCACUCCAGCCGGCCACCCCACCCCCAGGCUGGAUUAGGACCUUCUCAAUUGUCUCCUAGCCCCCAUCCAGUUUGGUCUUCCUAACGCCAAGCUCAAGGUGGGCGCAGAGGAUGAGCCUGACAUGUUUGCUGAUUGAAUGAAAGUCGCAUAGUUUUCAUACAGGUGAUUUUUUUUUUUUCAUGGUAAGGCCCCCAAACUUGUCCUGAGAUUACCUUUGUUUCCUGCAGACAGAGAAAUUGGGAAUUUCAAGUUCUGAAGUGAAAUUAAACUGGACUGGCCUGUCAUCGAACCCAAGGAGCCGCAUGGUUGAUCUGACCCCCUUGGUUCUCAAUCCUGGAGGCUUCCAUUUCUCGUAUCUGCCCAGAAACAGUGUGCAGAAGCUCCAUUGCCCUGGCUUCCCGUGGAAGGACCCUUAUGUAAUCAGAGGUGCUGGAAAAGUUGCUCCCUAGUGUUUGUAAUGGUGAGAAAUCAGAAACAAACAGCUCAGAGGCCAACAGAAAGGGAAUGAUUCUAUCCACUGUGGGCAGCCCUAUGAUUUAUAUGCAUGCGUGUUUUGCAAAGCAGGGAUUUACUGAAUAUGGGAUUUAAAAAAAUUGCCCGUGUUUUCACUUACAGAUAUUAAGUAUUUUCUGUAUCAUUGUUAUUCCAAAAUAUGAUUUAGACUGUUUCAUUGCAUCAGAUGACUUUUUUUAACAGCCUUAUUGAGAUAUGAUAUUUAUAUGUCAUAUAAUUCACCCACUUAAAGUAUACAAUUCAGUGUUUUUAGUAUUUCACAGUUAUGAUCCAUCACCACAAUCAAUUUUAGCACAUUUUCAUCACCCCAAAAAGAAGCCCUUUAGCCAUCACCCCUCUAUUCUCCCUCCUCCAGCCCCUGGCAACCACUAUAGAUUUGCCUAUUCUGGACAUUUCAUAUAAAUGGAAUAACAAGAUAGGUGGCUUUUUAAUAUUUGGCCUCUUUCACUUGGCAUAAAGUUUUUAAGGUUCAUCCAUGUUGUAGCAUGAAUCGUUACUUAACAGUUUUUUAAAAUAUAUUUUUGUCUUUUAGAGUAGUUUAGGGUUCACAGUAAAAUUAAGCUAAAAGUGCAGAGUGUUCCCAUAUGCCUCCUGUCCUUGCCCCAUAGUAUCCCCACUGUCAACAUACCCACCAGACAUUUAUUACAAGCUAGGAACCUACAGUGAUACUUUAUAAUCAUCUGAAGUCCAUAGUUUACAUUAGGGUUCACUCUUGGUGGUGUACAUUCCAUGGGUUGAAUUUCUUUUUGUGGUUGAAUAAUAUUUCAUUGUAUGGAUAUAGACUACAUUUUAUUUAUCCAUUUGGGUUGUUUCCUUUUUUUUGCUUUUAUGAACGAUGCUGUUAUAAACUUUGUGUAUAAGUUUUUGUGUA